AUGUGCCACGGCCAUCCUCGACAUCACUCCUGCUCCCACACGUCCAUCAACUGGCACUACUGCCCCUCUGCCCUCAUCGACCUCGAGACGGGCUACGAGACGCCCUGCUCCAACAUCUCGUUCGCCGCCGCCCAGCCCACCAACUCCGACUGCCCCCUCCAGAACUGCCAGUUCAAGAGCAAAGGGGGCAGCUGGACCUGCUGCUCAUGCCGCCAGGGGCCAAACACUCAAGGAUGGUGCACCAUGCCCCUGAGCCGUCUCGAGAUGGAUCCCGAGUCUUAUGCCGUCGAGGUUGUUGAGACGACGUGUGAUCACGGGUGCUGUAGCAAGUGUAUCCGAUACGGCUCGAGCCGCGAUCCAACACCCGACAUGACGUUCCCAGAGAUGCGCAAGGGCUCGGCAUCCCGCAAGUUCGGAUACAGCAGCGCCACAAAGUCGCAUCGGCGCGGCUCGGCCUUUUCUCUCAUCGGGGGGUUCCCAGCCGCGUCUCAAGAAGACUCGACGCCGUCCCCGUCGACGUCCGAGUCGAGCUCGGGAGGCUCAGGGUACAAGAUCGACCUGGAGUACACCUCGGGCAAGACCAAGUCUAGCAAGAAGAGACACAAGUCCAAGCGCUGA